AUUUGACAUGUAGACUAGAUAUUAGGCUACCACUGCUAUUUUCUAAAAAAAAAACAAAAAACCUCCCCCCCCCCCAAAAAAAAUCUAAAUAAAAAGGAUUAGCCGAUAAAAAUGACGUACUAUCAGAAAUCAAAGGUGUUUCUGCAACUUGCAACGUUACUCUGUGCUGUUGGGAGUAUUUCUGGUGAAUGUGAGAUCUCACAGUGUUCUGACCCAUCUACCUGCGUUUUGUCGCAGAGGCGAACUUGUAAAUGUGCAGUUGGCUACUUUGGAGAUCUCUGUGACCAGGUCGCAACAAUGAAUGUGACGUGUGGCAAAGACUUCAUUUCCAUCCUAGUGGAUGAAGAGUUCUUCAAGUACUACAAUGUGGGAAUAGAAGCUGUUCAUUUGACUAACGCCAGCUGUCGUGCCCAUAGAGAGGAGAUCUCUGGAUCAGCCUAUUUCACAGUGCACACACCAAUGGAUCAGUACACUGCAUGUGGAGGCAAACCUCUGGAGAAGAACAUAACGCACAUUGUGUACUCCUUAACACUGAUGUCUGACCCACCUAUCUAUGGAAACAUUGUGAGAGAUCCAGUUGUACAGAUUGAGUACAAGUGCAUCUAUCCGUACAUCCGUAGACUCAGCCUGGCGUUUCCCAUCAUCACUUUCUCCAGUGAAAGAAUGUUCAAAGUGGAUGAAGUGGAUGCCAAGGUGGAGAUGAGCCUGUUUAAAGAUCACACAUACAAUGAGGCUUUCACCAGCGCACCUACUAUUAAGCUUGGAGAUCAAAUCUAUGUCCAGAUCCAAGCGACGGAGCCUGAAGAUUUCUUCCAUCUGAAAGUAAAUGAGUGUUGGGCGACUCAGACUCCUCAAGCUAAUGAUAAGUCAGGCUUUAGCCACACACUGCUUGUAAAUGGGUGCACAAAUGACAAAACAAUUUCAUUUGGUAAUGGUACGGCACACCCUGCAGGAAGAAACGGUGAGGGGUCGACUGUCCGUUAUUCGUUUGAUAUGUUUCGGUUUGUAUACGAGCCCCACAGUUUCUACCUGCACUGCACUGUUCAUCUCUGCACACCUGAGGAUGGAAAAUCUUGUAUUCCUGAAUGUAAAACUGUAUCCAAAAGAGAGGUGGUUAUGGAUGAGCAGGCUCGAGGCCUGCUGUCUUAUGGACCAAUCAGACGAGAGCUGCCAGUCAGACCUACAACAAAUCUGGUCACAUUGGUCCUUCCACUGACAGUGAUUUGGACUCUGGGCAUCUUCCUUUUAAUCCUCAUCAGAAUCGCCAAAGCGGGAAAUCGAUGACACAUGACAAAUAGCUAAAUAAAUCACAUUUUCACCCAACACAAUGGUAUUUGUUGGGUAUAAAAACUACCUCAAGUACACAAGCUAACUAUUAGCAUGUUAGCUCUGACUGAGUGAACACUCCAUGAUAAUGGACCCUCAGUGAACAUUAAUGUUCUGUCAAGAAAAUUUAGUUAAAGUAAAAUUGGCUUGAAUGUGAUUUUACAGAGAGACACAUUGAUCAAUCAGGGCUGCUAUUGUUUUUUUUGUUUUUUUGCUUUUGUUUUCUUGCGUACAAUAUGAAUCCUACUUUAUAUUUACAGUACUGAAUAUGAACAACAGGUGGCAGUGAGAACUAAGUGGAAGUUACAUUUGCAUAACCGUUUUUGUUCUUUAAAUAAACCAAUUUCAGUACA